GAGGCUUUUCCUGUGCCGCCAUCUUGGCCGCGGCGCUGAGGAGGGAGGUGGGGGGCGGCACUCGGUCCCUCCGCCCCCCCGGCCCCGGCCAUGGCAGCCACCGCCGCCAACCCGGAAAUGGCAUCAGAUGUUUCCUCCCUGGGGGCAGCUGUGGGCUCAGGCAACCCCGCUGCGGGCGCACAGGCUGGAGGAGCCAUCGCUCAGCGAGCCACCAAGAGGAGGCCUGGGCUGGAUUUUGAUGAUGAUGGAGAAGGGAACAGUAAAUUCCUCAGGUGUGAUGAUGACCCGAUGCCAAAUGAUAAGGAGAGAUUUGCCAGGUCUGAUGAUGAGCAGAGCUCAGCGGAUAAGGAGAGACUUGCCAGGGAGAACCACAGUGAGAUUGAGAGGAGGAGGAGGAACAAGAUGACAGCCUACAUCACAGAGCUGUCAGACAUGGUGCCCACCUGCAGCGCCCUGGCCCGCAAGCCCGACAAGCUGACCAUCCUGCGCAUGGCCGUGUCCCACAUGAAGUCCCUGAGGGGCACGGGCAACACCUCCACUGAUGGCACCUACAAACCUUCCUUCCUCACUGACCAGGAACUCAAACACCUGAUCCUGGAGGCAGCUGAUGGGUUCCUCUUCAUCGUGUCCUGCGAGACGGGGCGCGUGGUCUACGUCUCGGAUUCGGUGACCCCGGUGCUCAACCAGCCCCAGUCAGAGUGGUUUGGCAGCACCCUCUAUGACCAGGUGCACCCUGACGACGUGGGGAAGCUGAGGGAGCAGCUCUCCACCUCUGAGAACGCCCUGACAGAAGGAACCAAACCCUGGUGCCUUCCUAACAAGGAUCCUGCAGCCCCCCCUGAGAGUGCAUCUAAAGGUCGCAUCCUGGAUUUGAAGACAGGGACUGUGAAGAAGGAAGGGCAGCAGUCCAUGAGGAUGUGCAUGGGCUCACGGAGAUCUUUCAUCUGCAGAAUGAGGUGUGGGAACAGCUCAGUGGAUCCUGUGUCUGUGAAUCGUCUCAGCUUCAUGAGGAAUCGCUGCAGGAAUGGUUUGGGUGCAGCAAAGGAUGGAGAACCUCACUACGUGGUGGUGCACUGCACAGGGUACAUAAAAGCCUGGCCCCCUGCAGGUGUUUCCCUGCCUGAUGAUGACCCAGAUGCUGGCCAGGGUAGCAAGUUUUGCCUGGUGGCUAUUGGCAGGCUCCAGGUCACCAGCUCACCCAACUGCACAGACAUGAACAACGUUUGCCAGCCCACAGAGUUCAUCUCCAGACACAACACCGAGGGCAUCUUCACCUUCAUCGACCACCGCUGCGUGGCCACCGUUGGCUACCAGCCCCAGGAACUUCUGGGGAAGGACAUUGUGGAUUUCUGCCACCCAGAGGACCAGCAGCUCUUGCGGGACAGCUUCCAGCAGGUGGUGAAGUUAAAAGGCCAGGUUCUGUCAGUCAUGUUCCGAUUCCGAUCCAAAAACCGGGAAUGGCUCUGGAUGAGAACCAGCUCCUUUACCUUCCAGAACCCCUACUCGGAUGAGAUUGAGUACAUCAUCUGUACCAACACCAAUGUCAAGAACUCGAGCCAGGAGUCUCGUCCUGCCCUGUCCAGCUCCAUGCAGAGGCCCCCUCUGGGGCAGAGUCUCAGCCUUCCCCUGGAGCUGUCCUCAAGGCAGCAGCAGCAGCAGCAGCCACCACAGCAGACAGAGCUGGAAGUGGUCCCAGGAAGAGAGAGCCUGGCUGGUUAUGACCACUCCCAGGUUCCUGUCCAGCCAGUGAGUGCUGCUGGCCCAGAGCACAGCAAACCCCUGGAGAAAGCUGAGAAUCUUUUCAACCAGGAGAGGGACCCCAGGUUCAGUGAGAUCUACAGUGGGAUCAGCACAGAGCAGAACAAAGCCCUCCCUGCCAGCACUGUGCCUGCCAACCAACCCCUCUUCCCCCAGGGAAACACCUUCACCCCCUCCCGACCUGCUGACAACUUCAGGAGCAGCAGCAUGGUCCCUCCUGUCAACAUCAUCCAACAGCAGCAGCAGCAGCCCAGGAUCCUGUCCCAGAUUUCCCGGCAUUCCAGCCCAGCCCAGGUCAGCGGGAGCAGCUGGGCUGCAGGGACACGGCCAAGCUUCACCCCCCAGCAGGUGACAUCCCAGACAGUGAAGACCCGGCCCCCCUCCUUCACCAUGGGGACUUUCCCAGGCACCCCCUCCUCCUUCAGCCCCAUGGCAGCCCCCAGCUCCACCACCUCCCCCACGGGGGCCCCCACCUACCCCAACCUCAGCACCCGGGGCACAGCUUUCACCACCGAGGCAGCUCAGACCCCCCCCAGCUUCCCGGCGCGCGCGGCACCCGAGGGCGUUGGGAUGUGGCCCCAGUGGCAGGGGCAGCACCAUGGCCCCAGCUCAGGGGAGCAGCACGUGCAGCAGCCCCAGCCCAGCCAGCCCGAGGUCUUCUCAGACAUGCUGACCAUGCUGGGAGGAGACCAAGGCCCCAACUACAACAACGAGGAGUUCCCAGACUUGAAUAUAUUCCCUUCUUUUUCAGAAUAAAAUCAGCCCUAGGAGGGGGGGCAGGAAGCCAAUUCCUGGGUCUCUCCCAACACCAUCUCUAAAGGAGACAAAAAAAAACCCCAAACCAAACCCCAAACCACCUAAGUCUUUUCCCCCCCACACACAAAGACUUGCUGAACUUUCUGAACCACCUCCCAGAGGCCAAAUUCUGCCCAGCAGCCUGGAGAGGACGGACAAGAGGAGGAGGUUGGGCUGUGGGUCACCUCCUGGGGACUUUCUGGGGGGCUGCAGACCCCCAGUGUUGCCAGAGGAGCUGCCUGAGGGGGGGUCUGGGUGGUUUCUUUUUGUUCUACAGGCUGCCUGGGUGGGAGAGCCACCUGAGAGCCAACCCCUCCCAGCUCCCAGGGUGGCUUUUACUGCUUUGAUUUCCAUCUUCUACCAUUUUUUUAAUUUUUCUUUUUCUAUAAAACACCCAAGUAUUGUAACUUUUUGGUAAAGAGGGGAAGAAACUCUGACAGCAGCCUGGGGCAGGAACCUGCAGCUUCCUGGUGGCUGGAAGCUCAGUUCCUGCACCUUUAGCUGACACAUGGAGGGGGUUUUUUUGGAUGCUGGCCUCUCUUCUCUGAACUGUGCAAUGGAUUUGGGAGCCCUGAGCAGGAUCUAGAAGCUCCCUCAGGAUCCUUCUUGUUCCUGGGAACGCCGGGAGAAACCACGAGCCAUAUAAAAAAAAAAACAAAA